AUGUUUAAUCUUCUUUUUUCUUAUUUCCACUUUUUUAUUCACCUUUCUGUUAUUUCCCCUCCUCCUUGUGUUACUUUUCUUCUGAUGGCCAUAUUAUAUUACUUUACUUUUUCUUCUGAAAUUUCUUUCUUUCUUCUUCACUUCUUUAUUUUUUCCUUCUUUUUCCUAAAAUUCUCCAAGCGUUCUUCCUAUGAAGUCUUUCCAUCAUUGCUUUCUUCUUCUUCUUCUUCUUCUUCUUCUUCUUCUUCUUCUUCUUCUUCUUCUUCCUUCUACCUUAUACUUUUUUCAUUUCCUUACUUUCUUUUCCCAUCUCUGCUUUCUUUUCUUCUUCUUUUUCUUCUUCUUCUUCUUCUUCAUAUUUUUCACCCUAUUCAUUCUAUUUCUCACUUCUACUCAUUAUUUUUCGUUUUCUUCUUCCUCUACUUUUUAAUAAUAUUCUUCUUUCUUCUUUUGUUUCUUCUUUCCUUUUUGUAUCUGAUCUCUUUGAUGAUUUUUUUUUUUACAUCUGCAGCAAAGAGGAUGCAAGAUACAUCUUCCCGACUGACAAAAUUAUCAUACGAAUUGUUUAUCGACAAACAAGGAAAUAAUCAUCAUCAUCAUCUUCUUCUUCUUCUUCUUCUCCACCUUCUUCUUCUUCUUCUUCUGCUUCUCCUUCUCCUUCUUCUCUUCUUUAUUCUUCUUCUUCUUUAUUCUUCUCCUUCUUCUUCUUCUGCUCCUCCUUCUUUAUUCUUCUUCUUCUUCUUUAUUCUUCUUCUUCUUCUUCUUCUUCUUUCUCUUCUUCUUCUAUAUGCCGUAUCUUUCCUUCUUCUUACAAGUCACAUGUACCCUUCUCUGUUGGUUUAA